GCCAUAAUAUAAAAGAACCUGCUUCCCCCUGAAAACCUCGCUAGCAUUCUCACCACUAGGAUUUUCGCAACUGACACCUUUACAAGCCCCAAACCCUAGCAUGUCAUAUAUCCUUCUUUUUACAGUCCUUGGGACGCUCUUAUUCGCCAGCCGGAAACUCAACUUCUGGAAGGUAUCGAUAGGUGCUAAGGGCAAUAAGUCAUCCGAGAAGGCUACCGUCAACAGUGGUAAGCCCAAAAUCUUUCAGACAUCUGGGGAAUAUGUUGUGCCAGUGAUUGAGCCGGUGGCUGCCGAUUUCGACUGGCAAAAGGCCGAGCCGUUCAAAUACAGACCUUUCAAGGCUGCUCCGUACAAAAUGACCUUGGCAAUUCGUAACUUGGAGCCCAGCGACUUGUUCUUGAUCGAAGAUACGUACCUUCACCGUACCAAUAUCAGAGAGAAAGUUUUAAAUUCCAAGUUCAAAAAAAAUACCUGUUUACUCCAUGACUCAGCCAUCCCCGCCGUGAGAGAGUUUUACGACAUGGCUAUCAACUUCAUGUGUGACCGAUACCCGAUGUAUUUCACCAAAAGCAAAGCCGAUAACUCAGUGUACAAUGAGAUCCGCAAGGAGUCAGUUCCAUUGGACCCAUACAAGGUGGAAGAUCCGGAAACAUUGUUGCUUGCUCUUGGGAAGACGUUAGAGGAAGAUUACUUAAUCUUGUUGAAAAAUGGUCCUGAAGGGGAAGAGGGGGAGUACUACCUCCGUGCUGGUAUCUCGGGCUUCCCCGCCGGAUUCGACCCGUCACAAAAAUUCAAUAUGAAACUUUCUGACAUCCACGGUCCCGUUCCGAUGUACCAAUCGAAAUUGAAGCUUUCAAUGAAUAAGUUUUUCUCCAGAAUCAAUCCGGGUCAGUUUGUUAUCAGGAAUAACUGGAGUGUCCAAGCGCACUGUAAAUUAUUUGCCGUCACUGAGAACCAUGCACCUCAAAAUGAGAUCAUCGAAGCUAUGGAUGGCUCCCAGAUGGAUUUCAAUAAGGUUCUUUUAAGGGUGGAAAGACAAUGCUUGACGAGAUUACCUAACACUAGGGCCAAUGUUUUUGUUAUUAGAACAUAUUUGACACCAGUGACCUAUGUCAAAGAUGAGGGGUUGGGUGAAGAGCUAUGCGGUGCCAUUGACGGCCUACCAGAUGUGAUUAAGCAGUAUAAAAGAGCUGAAGCAUGGGGCCCGGCGGUCAAGAAGUUUAUGACAGACGAAGAGAUUGGCUUGACAGGGGAGACGUACAUGCCGGAAAUUCUUGCAGCGGAUUUAUAACGCGGAGAGAUGUUUACGACGUGGCUUUAUAUCCCGCUCAGUGGAGGCGAUAUUUAGAUACUAAAUAGAUAUGUUUGUGUGACCUGUAAAAUACAGGAACCACUUACCCUUUAGCACCUUCAUGGGUUUCAAAUAUGAGACAUUUUAAGGAUGGAAUACAAUGGAGGGUUCUGAGUUAGCGGUGUAUUUUCGUAUAUAUAAAAGGC